CGUUUUGUUUGAGUCUCCUUUUUGUUAGAAGCUUUGAAAUGCCGGCGGCCAACUGUAGUAUUUCAGCUGUUUAAUUGACACCGCUAGGAUCCACGCCGUCCUGACAUAGUUCCUGCGUUCCAGUCUUCACUAACUUCGUAUUUUUUUACUGCAUUUGUUUUAACUAGUCUACUGCGGAUCGCCGCCACGUGUUCAAGAGCACCAGCGAUGCAGUCGAUAGGUUUCGCCCAAGGCCGUCGUAACCUGCUGCGUUCCGCCAGCUUAGAUCCUCCGCGCAUCGAUAGUAACCAGCUCAGUAAUGGCUAUAACCAGCCUUUUAACCCCAACCUAAGUCAGCCGCAGUUCAACCCCAACAUCCACCCCAGCGCCAACACCCACAUCCUCGUUAAUGGCGGGUAUCCCGGGCCUAAUAACGGAUUCCACCAGCCGGACUACAAUCUCCCAUCCCGACCUGGAUCCUCCGCUGGUCCGAUGUCGCGGCCGUCGUCCGGGAUGUCGCACAGCUCGUCGCACUGUUCAUCGCACGGAUCGCCGCACGGGCUGUCGCAGGGGCCGCCGUGCGACUCACCGCAGUGGACUCGCGGCCCCCAACUCGGCGGCGAUCCGCGCAGUAAAGCUUACCUCGCCCUCCACGCCGAAUCGGGCCAAAUCUUCGUUGCGAAAUCCGUGUCGUCGCGCGCCCUCCCGCGCGACAUGCGACAGCUCGACAGCGAGCAGGCGAUCCUAGAAGACCUUCGCAACUCGCCACGUGUCGUGCGGCUACUGGGCGCGGAUUGGGAAGACGAUCCCGCGGCUCCGGGCGCUAGGGUUAGGAACCUCUUUAUGGAGUACGUUUCGGGCGGCAGCGUAGCGGAUAUAAUGUCCGCUUUUGGCGGGAGUCUUCCGGAAGCGCUAGUGCGGAGAUACGCGCGGGGGAUCUGCGAGGGGCUGCGGGACCUGCACGCGCGGGGGAUCGUCCACUGCGACAUCCGCGGCGCGAACGUGCUGAUAACGGCGAGCAAAGGCGACGCGAAGCUUUGCAGCUUCGGCUCCGCAAUCCGCGCCGCCGACGCCGCGGAAUCCGCCGCUGGCGGAGGCGCGGGCGCGCGGAAAGCGCCGAAGCAGGCGCGGUUUCAGGGGGCGGGCGCGUACAGCUGGAUGGCGCCGGAGGUAGUCCGCCAGGAGGAGCAAGGCUGCGCGGCGGACGUCUGGUCGUUCGCGUGCACGGUCCUCGAGAUGAUCACUGGCCAGCCGCCCUGGACCGCGCAGCUCGAAGCCGCGGGCUUCGCGGCUGGGAGCGUGGCCGCCGCCGACUCCUCCCCCGGCGGCGGUGGCGGCGCGCGGGCGUGCGAUCGCGACGCGGUGCUGCACAUGAUAGGGGGAACGUACGAGGUGCCGCAUAUCCCGCCGGAGGUGUCGCCCGAGUGCCGGAGCUUCUUAAGACGGUGCCUAGAACGCGACCCGGCCAACCGCCCUAGUGCUAUGCUGCUCCUAGACCAUGCAUUUCUGCUCCCCACGUCGUGUCCGCCGCUUUUCCGCCUCCUAGGUGGUGGCGCUACUAGCGACGGAGUUAAUAGUGUGCCUGGAUCUGGCCCUGUACCCGGGAAAAUAGGUGCAAUUGCUCCUAAUGGGCCGUUUGGUGUAGCAGCUGUUACAGAGAGGCUUCGCACACCAGACCGUAACAGAAUAGGAUUACCACGAUCCGCGUCAGCUGGUUCGGCAGAGGAGUCAGGCUCGGGAACGGGCAUGGCGGCAGGUAUGGUGGCAGGCAUGGGUCCGGGAGGCUAUGGCGCAGCUCCCCCACUCACACCACCCAGCUCAUCCAUGCAUUCGCCAGGUGGUUACCACAACUCGCUCACUUCGCCAAACACUGCUGCUGGGGGACCAGGGGGGGGAUUUCUCACUUCGCCCGUCCCUGGGGGAGGGGGCCCAGGGGGGGGAGCGAUGGGGGGAGGGCCAGGGGGAGGGGGCCUGGGGGGAGCGCCUCCUGACCGCCCCCCCACGCGCAGAACGCCUCUCCAGCGCUCCCAGUCCCAGCCCAAGCAGCUCAUUUCCACACACGUGGCACUGACAGGCCCGGGUAACCCCGUUGGUAACCCUAUUUGUAACCCUAAUCCACCAGCCGCAAUGACAAGCCUGGCCCAGGGUUCACCCAGCAGCAUUCCCCCUAUAGGAAAGCCAUCCAGCAGAAAUACAUCGCCCAUGGCUAAGCCGCCUGCUCCCUCUGCCAUACCCGGUUCCCCCAACCCGUUAAACCCGGCUCUGGCUGCUGCUAUUCCCGCCCCCCCGGCCCCUGCCCCUGCCCCUGCCCCUGCCCCUGCUCCUGUUGCUCCAGCUCCCUCUGCAGUUUCAUCCCCUGGGACUGGAUCCGUGCUGGUGCCACCUCCUGGCAUUCGCAUGGGGCCGUUGAUGCGGCAGAUAUCCAAGGGUCAGGAGGCGAUCAGAGCAGCGGCAGCCAUGGCAGCAGCAGCAGGAGGGGGAGGAGCGGAAAGUGAACUUGCGAGUGGGUAUCCCCCAUCCCAGCAGCAGGCUCGGGCCACUCCUCCUCGCCCGGGUCUCCCCCGAAGCUCAAGCGGUGGUAGCUCCGGAAGCUACAGUGUUCCCUUCUCCAAGAGCUCAUCUUCUGUUGGUGGUGGUGGUGGUGGUGGUGGUGGUGGUGGCGGUGGUUAUGGCAGUAGUGGCGGUGGGGAUGGUGGCAACGUUGGUGAUGGUGGUUAUAACAGCGGGGCCGGUGGGGGCGGUGGCAGUGUCAGUGGCAGUGGCAGUGGUGGUUACAGCACCGCUCUUCCUCCCUCUCCCGAAGGCGCCGCCUCUCCCACCAGUCUCUUCUCUGCCCCCUCUCCUCCCUCCAUGCCCCCUCGCCGCCCCCACGCCCAUCGUCGCUCACACAGCAUCUCGCCCGAACAUGGCCACCUCGGGUCUGGUCCUGGUGCUGCUGGUGCCACUGCUGGUGCUGGUGCAGGUGGUGCUGCUGCUGCUGGCCAUGGUUUUGCUGGUGGGACUGCCCUUGGCAGUGGUGGUGGGUUUGGUGGCAGCAGUGGUGGAGGAGGAGGGAGCGGUGGUGGCAGCGGCAGUGGUGGUCGUUUUGGUGCUUACCCUCCCUCUGGAGGAGGUCCUCCUGGCCCAGGAGGAUCCAUUGCUGCCAGUGCGCGUAGCGCUUCAUUCGAUGGUAACAGCGGCUUUUUACCCCAGCAGCAGCAACAGCAGCAGAACCAGUUUGGUCAUGCCAGCUCUCCAAAUCAAUCUGCAUCCAGGCCAAGCCGCUCUCCCGGACCUGCGCCUUUCGCCCGACGGCCAAACCUGCACCAGCGGUCCCCAUCUGCGCAGCUUGAUAUGUCUUCCAGGCGGUGGGAUUCAUCUGAUUACAAUCAAUCUUAGUUCUCACAUACCCAAACCUCGUGCUAUUUAUUGUAGCUGUUACGGUACGGUUUGUGUUUUAUCGCAAUGGAUAAUGUAGGUAUGGAGGUGAGCAAAAUCGCG